CUGCCAGCGCGACCGACAACCCCGUGACAGCGACAUUCCUUGACGGUUCUUUAAUCGCGGUUUGUCUCUUACCUAAAAAUUCAAGCAAAAUUUCAAUUACGAUUUCGGUUAUCGCCUUAACGGAAUAAUUAAUGAAAGUUGAUGCGGUUUAUCGAAAGAUCGGUCGAUUGAUUCGCGACUCGAAUGUGUCAGAACUUCGGUGAUAGAAAAAGUAUCCUAAAAUGAAAUGAGAAGAAAAAUAAGGAUGAGAAUUUUGAAAAUAUUGUAAUGCGUACACCUUUUUUUGCUCGAUACGAUUUGGUGAUGUGAAAUACGAAAUAAAUAUUGGAUUAAAAAAUGUAGAUACAUUAUUGUGCUGUCUGUGUUUUCGGAAAAAGAGAAAAAAAAAAAAUACCAAUCGGUCGAUAAACCUUCUAUUCAUAACUAUAAAAAACAUGAAUAACGAAGGUGACAAAUUUUGUUUUUGAUUCAAGAAUCUGUUACCGAAAUUUAGUGCGCGGUUAUACAAUAUGUGACGUUCAAAUUGUAUAUUUAAAGAGAGAGGGAGAGAGAGAAAGAGAGAGUAAAAAAAAAAAAAAGAACAAGUUGCAUCGUCGAUUCGAGAAGAAAUUGAUAAAAAUUCGUAAGUGAAUAAAAGGAAAUUUAACAAAUCAACCAAACAUAAUAAAUUUACAAUCGAGGGACGAAGCCGGCUGCCGCCAAUUUCGAACACAUCGCCAUACCGACUGCACGAGGAUCUGUCUUAGUUUAUAAAACAUCCUGCAAGUGUGCGGUAACGAAAACAAGGAGACGCGUAAUAAAAGUUUUUAACAAAAAUUGAAACAAAAAAAAAAUAAAAUAAAAUCGAAACGAAAAGAAAAAAAAAAUUCAGCCGCAAUAAAAAGGGACAAAAAAGAGGCGGCACGUUUGUUAAUCAAAAGAUUUCUUGCUGUACCGCGAAGCCGCCAGUGACGUUGGGUGUUCCGGGGUGUAAUAAUGAACAUGUGUCGUUCAUAGAAAGAUAGAUAAAGAGAAAGAAGGAGUGAGGGAGGAAGGCUCACGUCGAGCGAGUGAAAAAAAGUGUUCAGUGGUAGAUUCCAAAGCUGAAAAGGGGUUCGAAAUAAGAAGAAAAACGAGAGAGACGACUAAAACUCGGCCCGGAAUGAGCGAGUCGCUUCGAGUUUUGGUCCCUGAGCUUUUUGCUGCCAGUUUACAAUUCUCGAAGGUCCAGGUGAUACACACGCGCAGUUUUAACAACCGGAAAUCAGCUGUCAGUCGGAGAGGAAGGAGCAAAGAGACGCGAGGAAAUUGAAACCGAAAAAUUUAACGGGGUUCGACUGAGAAAAAAAAAAACAAUUGACACGUUUUCGGUUGUGAAACUUGUAGACAACCGAAGCAGCUUAUCAGAGACACUCCGAAAUCGAAAUUUAUGAAAAACAGUUCGAAAUGAAAGCUGAACGAUAAUGAUAACCGAAGGAUCAGAUUCGCUUUGGAAUAAUUCGUAAACGUAGAAAAAAAAAAACUCGUUUCUUUUUUUCUUCAUUCUUAUUUUGCUGUCCGGAAUUAACGAUAUUACCAAGUAAACGUUGCAGUAUUCAUCAGUAUUUUCAUUCGCGAAACAGUUUUAAGGAUAUAAUAGUGAUAAUAAUAAUUGUAUAAAUAGUAAUUCAUGACCAAAAAAACUACUACACAGUUCACACGUAUGAAUAAAAAAAUAACUUUCAAAUAUUUACGUUUACUUAUCUGACAGCCCUCGUUAAGGGUCGAUAACUUUAACCAAUUCCAAUUCAACCAUACCUACCUAAUACGAUUUAACGAUUAUAAGCCAGUUGGAAGGACUUAAGUGCUUAAAUAAUACCUGCUUUUAAAAUGUGUGGCUGUGCAGUGACGCUGAUAUUCGCGAUUAUCAUUCUUAACGGAAACUACCUCGGGGCCGACGACUCCAUAGAAUUUCAAAAUAAAUUGCCGGCGAAGCUGAUUUGGGCGGUCGAGGGUGACCACGUUGAGUUACCCUGUGACGUGACGCCGCCGAGACCGACGGAUUCCGUCAGCAUGGUCCUUUGGUUUAAGGAUGACUCAGGAAUUCCUUUGUACAGCCUCGACGCCCGAGGUGGAGUCCUGAACAACUCCGUACACGCUGCCCUGGUCAACGAUCUUGGGAAGAAGAGCUUCUUCCUUGUCGGAGAUGGUCACCAAAGGGCCAGGCUCAAGAUAGCCAACGUCACGUUCAACGAUCAGGGUGUCUUUAGAUGCAGGGUCGACUUCGCCAACAGUCCAACCCGCAACUACAGGGUCAACUUGACUCUGGUUGAACAGCCAACGAACCCAGUGAUCUAUGAUGCACAGGGAAAAGAAGUGACGGGCAUCGGAGGUCCGUUUUUGGAGGGCUACGAUCUGUUCCUCUCGUGUCAAGUGGCUGGUGGUAGACCAAAGCCUUCGGUAACUUGGUGGAGGGACGGACAGUUAUUGGACGGUGUUGUGGACUCGCCAAUUGUCAAUGGAGCCUCUGGAAAAUUUACGGUCAAUCAAUUGUUCGUUGGAAGUGUUACCCGGGCACUUUGGGGAGCAAAAUUGGAGUGCAGAGCACAGGCUGGACCCUUGGGGAAACCUGUCGUUCGAGAAGUUCCCCUAGAUAUUUAUCUAAAGCCCGCAGUGGUGAAGAUCGUCCUUGAUACGGAAGUGAUCUACGCAGGACGUCCGGUGGGAGCGAGGUGCGAAACUUGGGGGAGUUCACCGGCCGCAAGGAUAGUAUGGAUGCUGGAUGGAAACCUAAUCCGAGAUCCUUCAAUCGUCUCUACUCAGCGAAGCAAUUCAACCGUGAGCAAGUUGGCCCUGGUUGUCGGCCGUGAGGAUGAUGCAAAAGAGUUGACCUGCCGAGCAGAGAAUCCCAGAUUUCCAGGUGGUGUUCUCGAGCACCAAAAAGUCCUCCGAGUAUCCUACGCUCCGGUCGUGUUAGCCCACAUGGCCAAAGGCUACGACCCCGAGACCUUGAGGGAAGGUGACGACCUCAAACUCGUCUGCGAAGUCGACAGCAAUCCGAGACCGGACACCAUUACCUGGUACCACGAUGAGGCUUUGAUCGAGCACAACGUAACCGGAGGCACCUUAGUCGCCUCGGAGACACUCACCCUGAGAUCUCUGACGCUGGCACACUCCGGUGAAUACAUAUGCGUGGCAUCGAACGCGGUGGGCGAGGGGCGAAGUCACCCGGUUCUCAUACAUAUGAAAUAUGCCCCACGGUGUAGGGAAGGUUACGAGGUUCGUGAGGUCGGAGCUCUUCGUCAAGAGUCUCUUUCGUUAAGGUGCGAGGUUGAGGCGGUACCAGGAGACACCGUCCGCUUCUCUUGGACGUUUAACGGGACACUUGGCGACGUUCUUCCCCUGCCAGGGACGAAGGCUCGGAACAAAGGGUUGACGAGUACUUUUGAAUACAUUGUGAAAGCCGAGACUGAUUUUGGCACCCUGGCCUGCUGGGCGAGCAACAGCGUUGGACGUCAGCGAAGACCUUGCUUGUUCAACGUGGUACCAGCAAAAAAACCAGAGCCGCCACUUGAUUGCUCGUUGCGGAACGAGUCCAGCGCUUUGGAAGUAAACUGCGUUCCGGGCUCGGACGGUGGUCUGCGUCAGCACUUCGUCCUGGAGGUAAGAGGCGCCUCAGGAUCAUCGACGGGUCUCCACACCCCCCAGAACGACCAAGGGGUAGUCGGUGAAGCUCCUCCGAUAUGCGAGGCGAGGAAUCAGCGGCCCUUUUUCCAGCUGCACUGCCUGGAGGCCGGCUUCGAAUACACGAUGUCGGUUUUCGCUGUGAACGAGAAGGGCAGGAGCGAUCCUGUCCUCCUUGAAAACGUCAGGAUUGCUGGCCCGCCUCCGGAUAGGACUGAGAAAUCGAAAAUCUACAACAACGAUGAACCGCUCGAAGUCAUCACCUCAAAAUCUGCGGCAUACAGCGUCGUUUUAGUCGUCGCUUUGAUCGGUGGAGCUGCGCUGGUUUUGGUCGGAAUUGGCAUCAUGAUAGGCCUGGUGAUAUGCAGGCGGAGGAAUUCUCCGCCGCCAAGUCCAGGCCCGGACGAUUUCACGACACCGACUUACGUCCCGGCGCAAAGGAUCGAGCCCAGGGUCAAGUAUUCCUCGGACAGGCGAAGAUCGUACAGGACAAGCCUCUUUCUCGAGGAAAGUAGGCACGAACCGGAUCUGCUACAGCAAGUCGAAUUGGAUCUACACAGCUAAAUUAUUAUAUAAAUUCAGCGAAGAAGAACAAAAAGAAAAAAAAAAAACAAAAUUGUACAGUCUUUGAAAA